GUGUUCCAUCGGGAGAGUGUUCAUGAACCAGUGAAGUUGCUUGUGUAAGAUGACAGUAACUGGCGGUAACUUUGGAAUCAUGCACAGACCCUGUUUUUCCGGAUACCCGUUCCAAGGUCAGGGCCGCGUCAACCAAUUGGGCGGCGUGUUUAUAAACGGACGUCCGCUUCCGAACCACAUCCGUCUGAAGAUCGUAGAGAUGGCGGCGGCCGGCGUAAGGCCGUGCGUCAUUUCUCGACAGCUCCGGGUGUCUCACGGAUGCGUGAGCAAAAUCCUGAACCGUUAUCAGGAAACCGGAAGCAUCCGACCCGGAGUGAUCGGCGGCUCGAAACCGAGACUGGCGACGCCCGAAGUCGAGACCAGGAUCGAGCACUACAAAAGGGAGAAUCCUUCGAUCUUCAGCUGGGAAAUUAGGGACAGACUGGUGAAGGAAGGAAUCUGCGACAGGAGUUCGGCUCCGAGUGUUUCGGCCAUCAGCAGACUGUUGAGAGGAAAAGGCGCAGAUUGCGACGACAAAUCGACGGACAACGAGGGAGGUUCAGACUGCGAAAGCGAACCGGGAAUUCCUCUGAAACGCAAACAGCGUCGUUCUCGCACCACCUUCACCGCCUACCAACUGGACGAACUGGAGAAGGCGUUCGAACGCACCCAAUACCCAGACAUCUACACCAGGGAAGAGCUGGCGCAACGCACCAAACUGACCGAAGCCAGGAUCCAAGUGUGGUUCUCGAACCGAAGAGCCAGACUCAGGAAACAAUUGGCCUCCACUUCGUCCAGCUAUCCUUCUUUGGGAGCCAUCGGAUAUUCCUCCACCGCGACCACUCCGUACGGCUCUAUCGGAGACUCCGGAUUCACCAGCACUUCUGCACCUAGUCAAAUGCCAGAUUUAUACCCGUCUCACCACUCCACCUCUCCAAACGUUCCCAUUUCCGACGUAAAGUGGGAACACAACAUCGCAAACAACCACCCGUACCCAACUCACUCCCUUUACCAACCCAACUUGCCGAUGCCAAUUCCUCAAAGCAACAUCCCUUCGACGAGUGCCCUUCAGCAACACGCCACCUCGUCCAGCCCCAACGAAAUCCACAACCUGUCCGAAUACAACAAAGAAAGUCAAGAGAGCAGUCUGCAAAACAGCCAAGACAAUCACAGUCCGGUCAGUCACCAAACCGGAAGCGGAUACGUCCCGAACAUGCCUCCGACUCCGACGAGCAUCGUCACCAUGUUGGGCCCAAACAGUGGCAACAGCAACAGCAACGAAGCUCACUGUCCCAACGACAUUCAUCAAAUGUCCAACAGCUGGAACUUGUCCCCGAACAACAACAUGAGAAACACGAGUCCCAAUCCGCAAAGUUUCACCCAAAACCCGAUAAGUUUCGGUCAAAACUUGCAGCACCCCGGUUUGCACAGUUAUCCACCGCCGAAUCACGCUCCGAAAACGUUCGGGCACCAACCCCCCUUUUACGGCUGGUAUUGACCUUAAUUAAUCCAACUACGCACGCA